AUGUCGUAUGCGUCGCAGUAUCGGUGUCGCAGGGAGCAUGCAGCCAUCUCUGCACUGCCGCAGGUGCGACAGCGGUCACAGCACACUGCCACGCCAAAGACGUUACUAUCGGAAUCUGCCCCUCCCUCUUUUUAUUCUCCUUCUCUCCCUGCUUCCGCCGCCAUGACGAGUCCGACCGCGGCGUUGCAUCACAGCCGCCACCACCGCUACCACCACGGGGGGUACCGUACGCCUUACAUCGGGGCGGCAGCGACACGGCAGCCGCGAUGUGAUACAACGUCACCUGCGAUCCUGUCGCCCUCGCCUCCUCCAGGCGAUUGUGCUGCGCGGGGCGGCGAGUUUGCAGAGAAGCUGCACGGCAUGUUGCGUAGGUGGGAUAAGAUGAAGAGCCUUGUUGCCCGACAGAAAGAAACGGAAUGUGUUUCUGUCGCAUUAAUGCAGCAACUUACCGAGUACGGGGACGGCGAUGGCGACUGCGGCUGCCGCCACGCCGAACUGCAGAAAGCGAUGCAGGACCGCAAUAGGGCGCUGCAGCUGCUUAACAUAAUGCAGAUUGAGGGAAUCGCCGUGGUACUGCGGUUGCAUCAAAAGGUGCUGCAGCAACGGCGGCAGAUGUACGCAUCGCUGCGUGAAAACACCCGACUGCGGUUCACGGCGUGUGACGACGAUAUCAUCGCAAAGAAAAAUGCGGGCAGCAAAGUCAUGACGCAGGCAACCAACGACGGUGCGUUAGCGGCACCCUCAUCUACAACAACACCCUCAUCUACAACAACACCCCACACUGGGAGGCAGCGAUGCCGCACAAGCAGCUCCCGCCGCUGA